AAAAGCCACCGCGUGACAACAGAUCAAACAAACUGACCAUAGUACAAAUACAAACAGAAUCGGCUUCUUAACCUUGGGAAACUCAGAAUCCGUUUAGCUCAAGGAGCACGACUCAACCACCAUGUCGACUCAAUACGAAGUCGAGCACAACAUCAAGCCGACCGAAGCGCCUCGGCGCCGGCGGCAGCCCGACAUGUCCACCUUUACCGCACACAUGCACCAAAUCAGGCCAGACGAGGGCGCGGGAAGCUCUCACAACAACCCGCACGCAAUGCCCACGCCGAAUGACCUAUCGACCAGCUUCCGUCUCGUACAGGACCAACUCGGCACCCUCGCAUCCUCGGCGCCGAGCUCCGACAACCUUGAUUUCCUGCGCGGGCUGAUGGAGCUGCUCGAUGUGGACAUUGCAAAUCCACCUUACGAGGAGGAGGGCGUCACGCAGCAAUUUCUCGAUAGUCUCGACAGGGUCCCGAGGAAGCAGCUCAAAAAGACCGACUCGUGCGCCAUCUGCGCCGAGCCGCACCUCGAUGAUCCUUACUGCCUCGUCGUCGAGCUGCCUUGCCAUGCUUCACAUAGAUUCGACCUAGAGUGCGUGUCGCCGUGGUUGCUGACCAAAGGAACGUGUCCGAUGUGCAGGAAGAAUCUUGCCAAAAAGAAGGCACCGGAACCGAAGGAUGAGGAAGAAGGAGAGGACUAUGAUGACUUUUAUGGCUAGUCGUCAUGUUGAAAAUCUUUUUGAUCUAUUUAGCACUGGCUUCUCAACUAUGACAUACCCACCUGUUACUCUCCUUUCGACACCAGUUGCUGUUCGACACAAGUCUUGCACGCAAUCGUCUGUUUUUGAUGCAAGUAUAUGCUAGUCUAUGAUAUGCCAUCCUGUUCAACUGACGUGCGCUCCUGAUAUGGUACA